GAAACACCUUCGGCCGUGCAUUCGCCCACGCCCCUGCACCCCAGCUCUAUCCAAACACACCGGCGCCGUUUGCUCCUCCCCGCCACUGCUCCCCUCCACAGCUCCUCCAUGCUUCGCCUCUCCGCCUCUUUCUCCCUCCUCUACCCUCCUUCUCUCUCCCCGUCCGUCUCCCACCCCCGCCCGCGCCGCCUACGCGCCCUCGUCGUCGCCGCCUCCGCCUCGCCUUCCGCCCGCAGCCUCCGCCUCCUCGAGUGGGGCAAGGUUUGCCGCGCCGUCGCUUCGUUCGCCGGCACCGCGCACGGCCGCGAAGCCACCGAGAAGCAGCUGUGGGGUGUGGAGAGCGUGAGCUAUGAGCGGAGCUGGAAGCUCCUCCGGGAGACUGAGGCGGCGGUGCGGCUGCUUGGCAGCUCCGGUGGGGCAUUGGAUUUCUCCGGGCUGGAUACCGUCGCGGUAGAGUCAGCAAUAAAUUGUGUCUCUGGUGGUUCCGUGAUUAAAGGCCAGGAAGCAAUGGCAGUGGUUAGCCUGAUGCUGUUCGUUGAAUCCUUGCAAGUAACUAUCAAAGCUGCUAUGAAGCAAGAUGAAGAUUCAUAUAAUCUGUUACUGCCCCUUACAGAAACAAUUCUAGAUGCUGUUGUCAGUAAGUCACUAGUGAAGUCUAUACAGGAUGUCAUAGAUGAUGAUGGCUCCGUGAAAGAUACUGCAGUUUGGUCCUUUCAUCCCGAGUCUACUUUUGUAUUGCUUUGGGAUGAUGUGAUACUAGUUGUUAUUUGCUUGCAAAAAAUAAUACUCAUACUAGUUUUUAUUUCCUUGCAAAAGAAUACUACUUUUUACCACCAUUUCAGUUUGAAGUGAAUUCUUCAUUCAGCGUGUAGAAAAUUAAUCCCGACUUCUUAUAAACAGUAACUUGACUAUGGAGGAUUGAACAUGUAAAUGAAAAUUAUCCAUAUUUGAAGGUCUGUGCCCAAGCAAUCUGUCAUCCUAACUUUCCAGCAUUAACCCAAAGGAAAUCUGAACAUGCUAUCUCGUUCCUUGGUAACAUCAAAUACACUAUAACUGUAGAAGUCAAUUUCAGAACUACCUUUACUAAGUACUCCAACCCCCCCCCCC